AUGCUACGGCCAGGCAUGACCCACGACGAGCUCCUCGAAGCUGUCUUUCUUGAGGUUCCCGAGGCGCGACAGGUUUUGCAGGAGCUCGCCGCUCCAGAGGCCACCCACUUCCAAGAUGCCCAGGGCCAGAUCUACGAACAUCUCCCUGAGUGUCUUGCCUCCCUGCAGUGGCUGGUGUUGCGACUGACGGCUAAUCCCUUUGGGUUCCAGGCCCGGCCAGCGGACCCAAUAGCUCCGCCGCUAACCUCGACAUCCACGACCACCACGCAAGCACUCGCGCGAAACAGAGCUGGGCAGACAGUAAGCUUCAUCCUUGUUGCUCCGGCCAGGACCAUCAGGCUUCCUCCUGUGCGGCUCCAAGAAGCAGAUCCCACUGGGGCAGUCAUUGAGCUUGUGCAAGCUGCUGCAAGCAUGGGAUUGCUCGGGCAACCUUUCCAGCUUCAACUGCCCCCUGCUCUGCCAUGGACAACCAGCCAUCAGCAUUAUGUGAUUCCCUUGCUCCUGACACACCCGGGUCAGGCUCCGACGGUCUUGUACGACCCGGGGCUGGACGGCACGCAAAUCCAUAGCAUUACAGUCGGAGAAGGAGCACUUGGCGAAGAGCUGUUGGCUGGACCCUUGAGACGCCAAGGUGCCUCAAUUUAUGUCAAUGGAAUCCAUGUCAAUGGGAUGCGUCGAGUCUUGCAGACUGGGGAUCUUGUGCAACAGCUGGGGCCACAGAGAUAUAUCGGCACUGUGCGUAAUGUUGGCCCACUUUUGGCCCACAUUAGCCGUCUUCGUUGCCUGUCCUUCCCCCUUGCCCUUCCGCCAUUUGGCCUCUUCGAGGGCCCAAAUGGACCAUGUGUCGCCCCACUUCAAGGGGUUGCAAGCAUGCAAGAGCUUGUCAUCAACGCCUUCGAGCGGCGGCUGGACAGGCUCGGGCGGCCGGGUGCUGGCAAAAAAAGCGUUUGGGUGCUGCAGCCUGCCCGUGCACCGCAUAUCCUGUGGCUCGACAUUGCCACCACGCCAACAGUGCAACAAGCAACGCCGUUGCUUCAGGCCUCGGGCUUGUUCCCCGACGACACCACAGUCGUCGAAGCAGAUUACGAGGCCAACACACUUGUCAUGGACUCGUUUCUUGCCCUGCCAACUGCGGCACCAUAUGUUACUUGCACUCUGGCGGACCCCUUUGCGCCGACACACUUGCUCCUUCUGCACCCGACACCAGGAGCCGAGCCCCCUUUCAGCUCGCUGCCACUUACACCGCUCAUGCGUUUUCUCCCUGUUGCGGCGGCAUCCACUGGCAUGCACUUGCUGACCAUUCGUGGACCGGUGAUCAGCCCCAGUCUUGCUGGCGAAAGCACCGCUCCCGCAGCGGUUCCUGCCGUUCACGACGAGCCGCCUGCCGAAGAAGCUGAAGAGGAAGCGCAAAGCCUGAGUCUCCUGCAGCACCAAGUUGUCACCCGGCGCGGAGUGCUUCCCCCAACUGGCGCAGCCGCUCUCACUGCACUUGCUUCGUCUCCGCCCCGCUCCACGACCGACGUUGUCCCCGGCUGCAACUCCCUGGAUCAUCAGGGCCCGGGCGUCAGUCAACCAGGUGCUACGGCUCAUAACCAGUCUCCUGCGCACCGGGGACUCGCUGUUGUGACCCCCUUUGGUCGGAGGCUUCUUGGGGCUGCGGGCGGUACGAAACGCACACCUGGCGUGAUAAGCCUCGACGAUGCUCUCUCUGCUCACCCUCCACGUGAGGACAAGCAUAGUGGCCCCACUUCCAAGGGCGCGAGCCCAUCCAUGCACUGCUUGGACAGCCUACGCGCCCUUCUGCCUGUCUUGGACGACUGGGCCGCCUGCUGGACCACGGCUCCACCCUUCCGGGUCUGUGGCGCCGCAAAGGCUGCUCUAUCUGGCCGACAUGCUGCCGGGGCCUGGCCCAUCUCCGAGCUCCAGCUCUUCACAGACGGAUCCUUCAUGAAACCUGGACACUUCGGAUGGGCUGUCACUGUCUUUGAAAAGUGCUAUGAUGGGUAUGGAGAGUGGUUGAAUUUUCAAGGUUACUUCAGUGGUUCUCUUCAGCCCUGGGUUGUCACUGGCCUAGCCGAUUGUCAGCGCCUGGGCAAUACUGCACAAUUGCUCUGCCGCACGAGGCACCUCUUCCAGGCCCUCCAGAGGCGCCCCCGCCCUGUGUGUGCUGCCUGGGUACCGAGCCAUGUGGGCCUCCCGCCCAACGAGCUCACGGAUAUCAUAGCCAAGUUUGCAUGCCAAGAAACGGCUAAGCCGCUCCCUGCGAAGGUUCUCAGGUUACUGUUGGAUCCGACCCUAGGUUGGCUGUGGCACUUCUUAUGGCCGGCGCCCUCCUUGCCACCGCUUGCCGCACUCGUUGAGGGCAGCUAUGAGCCACCCGAUCGACUCAGUGACAUCCUGCGGGAACUGUUUGCGGCAAAGCAACAGCACAUCAUCUUCUUCCAAGAGUCCUCUCCUUUGGGCGCAAUCGACAAGCGGCAUGUCAAGGUGCUCCAUGCGGAGCCCCGUCUCCUUAUUGCCAGGCUCAACGCGCCCCGGCUGAGCUGUUACCUGGUAAGCGCCCAUGCGCCGCACUCCGGAUGCACCUCUGAGGAAAUCCGGACAUGGUGGGAGGCCACUGGGCUCAAAGUUGGCGCUCGUUGCACCGGCCAUAUCCCUGUCUUCUAUGGCUGUGAUGCCAACGCACAGCUGGGUCAGGUCACUGGGCCAGGCAUAGGGGCGCAUGCUGCCGAUGUGGAGACUUUCGGGGGAGAGAUGCUCCGCUACCACUGCGCGACACAUGCACUCUGUGCACCCUCCGCCUUCGCAGGAACACGAGGGCUCAUGGAGCAUGCGGACCCAUCUGCCUACACCUGGGUGUCGCCGUCCGGGGGCAAGUACCGCUUGGACUACCUUCUGCUUCCCCAGAGCCUACUUCCGGCUGUGAGAUCAUGCCAGGUUUUCCAUGAUUUCGAUGAUGGCGGGCCCGAUGAUCAUUUCCCAGUCUCCGUGACUCUAGUGAUUGCCGGAUUGCCAGAGGGUGCCCCCACUUUCGAGUACCCACGUAUUCGGCUGCGCACGGUACAAGAGGUUCGCGAGGCACAAGUUCCGGUCCAUGGUGCCUGCCAGGCACUUGCUUCUCAUCCAUGGUCUGGAAAUGUGCACGAACAUGUUGCCUGUCUUGACCGGGCCAUCUGGACCUGUUGUAAAGAGGCCUCGGCUGCCCCCAAGCCACGCAGACCCUAUGUGCAUGAGGACAGCUGGGCCUUAAUCCGCCAGCGGAAGAGCCUGUUGGGCCAGAUCCACGACGAGAGCCACCGAGCUGCCAGAGCUCGUCUCCUCCUCGGCUUCCGAACCCUCUGUGUGCAAACAGGACACAGGAGCCGCAAUCGCCGCACCUUGCUGCGUAUAGCCUCCACUCUGUCUGCCUCAGUCGAGGCCAAGGCUCAGCUCAUCAGCCAAAGGAAGGCCCUCCGCAAGGAACUUGUCAGAAGCCUUGCACAGGCUAAGGCUGCUUACGUUGAGGAGGUGGCACAGCGUUUUGUUCAUGCUUCACGGAAGGCCGAUGUCCGAGCACUGUUUGAGGCCCUUCGCUUUUUCCGGCCUGCGGGCAAAGGAGUUUUUAAGGGUUUCGGGCCACUUGCUGUCCUGCAUGAUUCAGAAGGGGCGCCGGCUGCUACCCACAGCCAACAGCAGGAACUGCACCGCCGACAUUUCGAAGGUCAAGAGGCAGGGCACGUUGUCGGCAAGGACAGCCUUUGCGCACCUGUCGCCGAGAUCCCCUCGGACGCCAGGUUCCGCCUCCAAGACCUCCCAACGUUGCAUCAGGUUGAGGUCUGCAUUCGCCAGUCCAGAGAUGGAAAGGCUCCCGGCCCGUCGGGGAUUCCGAUCUGUGUUUGGAAAGCCUGCCCGGAUGUGUCGGCAGCAGCCUUGCUGCCCAUCUUCCUCAAAUCGCACGUGAGGUUGACCGAGCCCAUCCAAUAUCGCGGUGCCAAACUCUCUGCCCUUUUCAAGAAGGCGGGACUCGCGAUCCGGGCGGAAAGCUUUAGGAGCAUCGCUUUGAUGGAUCCCUCAGCGAAAAUUCAUCACAAGUUGAUGCGACCUGGACUUCUUGAGAAUAUCGAGAUGCUCCGGGCGCCGCUCCAGCAAGGAUGCUUGCCCAACAGCCUGCCUACGGCGCUUACGCAUUUCCUCGUCACCAAGAUGAGGACCGCCAGCUUGAAGGGACUGUCAUCUGCGGUUGUUUUUCUCGAUCUCACAGCCGCUUAUUACCGACUUAUCAGGGAGGCGAUAGUCGAUACUGCCGUCAGCGACGACAAGCUGUGUUCGGUAUUGCAACGGCUCCAGAUUGCCCCGGAGCAAGUCCAUGAGGUCGAGGCUUUUGUUCGACAGGGUGGCCUUCUGCCGACGGCAUCUCCACACUUCAAACGAGCCCUCGCCAUGAUGUACCGGCACACCUUCUUUGUAAUGGACGGGCUGCAGGAUAUCACGGCUACCACUGUCGGCUCGAGGCCAGGAGAUGCCAUCUCGGAUACCAUGUUUGCCCUUGCCGCCACUAGCCUUUUGGCCGAGGUUGGGGACCAGCUCAGUGGAUGUGGACUCCCCGGCUACAGUGUCCCCACAUGGGCCGACGAUCUGGCCCUACCGAUCACAGCGCCUGCACCACGGCUCGGCGAGGCAAUGGAGCUCACCGGCCGGGUGCUGCACCAGGCCUGCCUGAAGCGUGCGAUGCAGCCCAACUACGGGCAGGGCAAAACGGAGGCGCUGGUCUCUUUCACAGGCCCCGGAGCCAGACUAGCCGCCAAGGACCUGUUUAGAACGGGCGCGGGCUGUGUCGAGUUGCAGGUCGUCCCUAAAGUGCCGUUGCGGUGUGUCUUUCAGUACAAGCAUCUCGGCACGACGCUUGCUGCCAAGGCACGCCCUGCCAAAGACAUCCGCUGCAAGCUGGGAGCCGCAGGUGGCGCCGCCCACCCCCUCGCCAAGAAGGUCCUUCGGCGUAAAGAUGUACAACAAGGCACACGGUCACAGCUGCUUGACACCCUCGCGUUCAGCCGUGCCGCCUAUGGUGUCGCAAUUUGGGGGGACUUGGAUGCCUCGACCCGACUACUCUGGCAGGGAGGAAUCGCCGCCCUUUACCGCGCUGCAACGCGGCCAACUAUCACCGAGCAUGGGCCCACCUUCCCAGCUCUUGUUGUUGAUGCCCUACGUGAGGAGGCAGAGCUCACGGAGCACUCCUGGUGGUCUGCUGCCGACAAGGCUGUGCUAUGGUUUGAUGAGUUGUGCUCCGGCACACCGAGAUAUCAAGCCUAUGCUACGGCAGAGGCCUUCCUUAACGAGUCCGUGUGCAGCCCGCACAAGGUUGGAGGCCAGAUUCGCCGUGCCAAACGCAGGGCUGUCGGCUUGUGCGAUUCCACUUCCGACGCCAUUGUAGCCGAAGAUUUGCGGCUCAAGCCCUUUCAAUGCGAAGAUUGUGAGGAGCGUUUCGCCACGCUCCAGCAGGUUAGGGCACACAGCUGGAGCAAGCACGGCCACCAAACUGUCCUUGCCCAGCUGACGCCGGAGCACACGUGCCCGGCCUGCCUACACCGUUUCUGGCACAGGUCGCGUCUUCUGAGGCACGUCCACCAUGACAAGCUCUCUUGUGGACAUUUUGUCCUUGCAGCGCAGCUCGCCCAGUGCGCUCCUGAUGCCCCUGCUCCCGCCACAUCUCCUCUGCCAGCCACGCUUUCCCUGCCUGCUGCUAGGGUGCCCGGACCACUGCCAAGGCCUGUCCCCGAUCAGGUUUCCGGUGAGCAGCUUGCUAAGUUUUACACUCUGGGUUUGCUUGAUACAGAGCAAUGUGAUGUAGAGUUUUCUAUCGCCGGCAGAUGUGCCCUCUCCGAGUGGCAGCUGGCGAGUGCUAGCACUCGUGAUGCUGUUCUUGCAGCCCUCACGGAAGUGCAAGCCGGUGUUUUCGAGGCCCUUCUCCGAGAAGCGGGACUCGGUUAA